CCCCCGCCUUUCCAUCCAUCCCCUUCCACGGCUAAAACCCUAACCCCUGAACCAGCCUCCGCCUCCGCCGCCGCACACCCCUUCCCGCCACCCCGAGCCCCCGAUACUCCGGCGCCCACCCGACAUGGGCAAGAGGCCGAGGUCGACGCGGCCGCCGCCCGCGGCUGGCCUCCACAAGUCCAAGCGAGCCAGCGAGGCGGCGGCGGCGGCGGCGACCUCCGACUCCGACGACGACGAGAUCGACGCCUUCCACAAGCAGCGGGACGUCAUCCCCCUCAACGUCGACGACUCGAGGGACUCGGAGGAGGAUGCUUUGGUGAUGCCCAUCUACGACGUCGAGGGCGUUUCCGACGAUGAGAGCGACGACAGCGAAGAAGCCGAGGAGGGCAAAGAGGACGACGGCAGCGAAGGAGGCGAGGACGGCGACGCGGGCGCAGGUGAUGUUGAGGUAUGGGACAAAUCAUAUACUGCAAAAAUCAAGAGAGCGCAGAGGGCAGCCAAGCAGGCUGCCGGGGACGAUGGCAGCGCGGAAGAGGAUGAGGAACCGGAGGAUGAUCCAAGAAACUGGGGUGUAGGGAAGAAGAAAUACUAUGAUGAUCAUGAGCAAGAUGCUGAUGAUGUUGAGUUUGAAGAGAUAAGGAGGUUACAGGCAGAUAAUAAGCUGUCGAUGAAAGAUUUCGGGUUGGAAGAUGACGAAAGCGAUAAAGAGGAUAAGCCCUCGAAGGCGUCCGCCCAUCAAGUGAAGCUUGCUGAUGAGGCAUCCCCUCUCGAAAGCUACACGAAGCUGAGAGAAGAUUUUGCUGUCCUGUCAAAAGACGAGAAGAUGGAUGUAGUGUACAGCUCAGCUCCUGAACUGGUUGGCUUACUGGCUGAUUUGAAUGAUGCCCAAGAACAGCUGAAGGCGAUAGGACCAGUCACCAGUGAAGUGGCAGCUGGGCAAGGCAAGGAUAAGGGCAGGAUGCAGCCAUUGGAGGUGAAGCGAGCUUGUCUGCUGGCUCAUUGUCAAUCUAUUACCUUCUACCUCCUUAUGAGAGCAGAGGGACUGUCUGUGCAGGAUCAUCCUGUAAUUGCUCGGCUGGUAGAGACCAAGAGCAUGGUACAAAAGCUGGCAAAUAUAAAUCUUCCGAGCCAAGAUGGGGACACCGAAGAUCGUUUUAUGCCUGAUAGCAGCACCCUUGAUGUGGUGAAUAAGGCAGCCUCUCUGGAGAAUGAGGGCAAAUCUAGCAAUUUGCUAGCUCUGGACAAAGUAAAACAGGGUGCUGAAGUAGCCGAAUUGAAAAAGAAUAAACCUUCAAAGGGGCACCAUGAUGAAAUUACCAAAAGGAAGGUCAAGGAUGAGUAUAUGGGCUUGCAAAGCAUUGAAAUGUUGAAAAGAAGAGCAAUCCUUGAGGAGGGGUUGAAGCAAAAAGGGCUGUGUAAGUUGAAGCCAAAGUUGUCAAAAACCAUGGCAACCAAUAGUAGGAAAAACCUGCAGACAUUGGAUGACUUCGAUGAUGAAGUGCAGAAAAAUAGUCAAGUGGUCAAACCUACAAAGCUCCUGGUUAAUGCAGCUGGCUCAGUUAGAAACAAGUUUGUUUCUGGUGAUGAUGACAUUCCAAAGCGAGAUGAGAUUGGUGAAAGACGCCGAAAGCAUGAACUACGUGUUCUUGCUCGUAUAGGAACCAAUUCACGUGAAGAUGAUGAGUUGCCAGAAGAUGGUGAUCAUACUGAAGAGAAGCUCAGCCAAUCCAGUGAGGAAGAUGGCGAUGAUUAUGAAUCUUCAGGGUCUGAAGAUGAAUUCUACAAAGAUAUCAAGAGGCAGAGGACCGAAAAACGCCUGGGCAAAGAACAGAGCACCCCUGUUACUGAGCUGGAGGAAGAAAGCGAAGGAGAUGGCAAGAGGAAGAUUUCACGGCAGAUCGAGAAGAACCGAGGGCUCACUCGCUCCAGAAACAAGAAACUCAAGAAUCCACGGAAGAAAUACAGGAUUAAGAGUGAUAAACAGAGUAAAAGGAGGCAAGGUCAAGUGCGCAGCGCGAAGAAGCCCUCUGGUCCGUAUGGAGGUGAACUGUCUGGCAUCAAUGCAAACGUCAGUCGUAGUGUUCGGUUCAAGAGUUGAUCGCAUCGGCCUUAUCGUGAAUGUAUGCAAAUUUUGUUUGGUUUGGUUUAGUUCGCAUGGGGCGUUUACAUUUCAUCUGAUGAUCAUUUGUGUUUGUAGUAGUAAACAGUUUUCCGUGGAAAGAAAACAGUAUGUUUGCAUUGCU